AUGGACCCCAAGGCCGCCGCAAAGUCCAAGAGGUCGCAGUCCCAGCAGGGCAAGAGGAACCACCCCACUCCAUCCGCCGUGAGCGCCCGCGCCCAGCAGAAGAAGAAAGAAUCGUUUCCCCAGCAGCAACAGCCUCAGCACCAGGGCGGGCAGAGUAGCCGCCGGCACUUACGGGACCUUCCUUCCAACUGGGAUCGAUACGACGAUGAUGAAACCGACGUCGGGAAGGAGGGAGGUCCUGUUCCGGGACUUGUCGACUCCGGAGGACCAGCAGCCGUGGCAACGAUGCCAUUAUCUGGGGGUGGAGACGUCGUUGCCAGGAAGAGUAGAGGGGCGAAUUUUGGGUUCCUGAUCGAUCAGGCCCGCUCCCAGAUACGCGAUCGCGACCAUGGUGACGGUGCAAGUGCCUUGGCUUCAACCUAUUUAUUCGAUGAAGCUAUGCCAGGUAUGCUGUAUGUGCAGAAAGAAAAUCGACUCUCAUUCCUUGUACAUUCCAAUCGCAUAGCAGAAGAGAACCUCACAUCGCAUAGCGUUGCCUUUAUAUAUAUAUAAAAUCUGAUUGAGCAGUAGGAAGAAGUGAGGAGAGAAACUGUAAAAUGAUCAAAAUCCACACUAGGUUCAAUGAAUAAACAUCUGAAAAUGGAUGAAGUUGGAGCAACUUACUAUUGUCCUCUUAAUCUGGCUUUACCUCCGUCUGUCUACGAAGGGGGUUAUUUUGUUAUUUAUUGUUGGGAUCUCAUUGCAAGUGCUGACAUCCUCAGUCUUGAAAGGUAUCCAAGUCUACAUUACAACAUCAGAGAUACCGGAAAUAUCUUUUCAUAGAGAGCGCUGCAGAAUGAAUAAUAGACUAUUGAUCUUUACAGAUUACAAAAUGAAGCAAACAAUAAAUGAAGUGACUCUGAAUUUAGGUUAAUCUGCAUACUACUGAUUAUGUACGUAAAACCGAGGCUUUCGCAAUAGGAGAAAGCCUGUAAUACUCUGAGUUUUGUUGAAACUAUGAAAGACAAAUUACAGUCGUUUAAUUCAAUGGUAGCUUGCAAUGCUUAGGUGAUUCAAUGGCAAAUAGCUCAAUUGACUUAGAGACUGGACAUUGAUUGUCUCAAGAGAAGUGUUUGAGUCAAGUAGGCAAUUCUCUUUACUCUAAAUUGCCGCGUUGUUCUGCUACACACUGCGCCAUUUUUCAAUUGAUCAAUAGAGCAUGCACAGAACUGAUUUUUAUGCUCUUUCUUUACCAAGAAUGGAGAGGUAAGUCAAACUUGGGGGUUCUGAUUUAUCUUAUAGAAGCUAUGUACCAAAUUUUUUUAGUAUAGAUGCACCAUAUGGAAACCAAGGAAACUUGAUUUCUCUCAUGACUAUUUAAAUAAAUCACACGAGAAGAGUCUUAACUUUUGUACAGUUACUGUUUCACGACGUUUAAAUUAUCACUUCAUUUGUGCAGUUGCACCUACAAUACAUCAUGUCUCCUUUUCUUUCACUUUGUGCUAGAUCUUUGCAUCUUAUUUUCUUUUUCAACUACCCCCACAGGAGGCCGUAUUUUAUAUGGAACAACGUAAUGUUUUCAAUACAGGAAUUUUCAGAGAUUCAUUAAGGAUUCAUUAAGGACAUGGUCACUGUUAACUCACUUCUAGCAUGCGAUAUAUGCCAUAGCCCUUCAAUGAUGUACAUGGUUUUCUGUCAGGUCGUAGGGUUACCAAAGACGACCUCGAAUAAUUGAUCUAUUUAUUGUUAAAAGAAAAUGUUUGGGGCCUUCGGUUAAGAGAAUUCGAUGGUGAAAUAAUUUUCUUUGAUAGGUUAAAGUGCUUAAAGUUGAAGAAUCAGGAGCAAGGAAGUUUUCUUGAAGACCAAAGUUUUCCACGGUGGAUAGAAGACGGGACAAACGGAAAAUACUCGCAUGCAACAGAGUUGGAACAGAGUUGUAAAUGGCAUAUGAACUUCCAGAAAUCUUUAAUUGUCUCAUUGCCUUGUAGAAAAGUCGUGGUGACCGUCCUGUAUUCUGGAUUAACGUUGAAGGGGUUUUUUGUCCAUUGAUGUACAUACAGUUUUGUUGUCUAUUGGAAAUAAUAUCCGUUUAUCAUAAAUGACUGGUUGGAUAAAGUUUAUAAUGUUAGUUUGGUGUAAAUGUAGGGUAUUGCCCUAUCAAGUGCAAAAACAUUUUUCUUAAAGUUUGAUGCAGCCUAAAUAGGGAGAUCCCAUGCCUAUUUAUUUUUCUCAUUGUAGGUCGUUGAUUUUAACGAGUUGUGAUUAGUGAGUAAGAUGAAAUAUCAGCUUGACGAGAUGUUGAGGUGCAUGUUUCACGGGCCGGGGGGGGCUCUUUUUUAAUGUGGUAAGUGAAAGCUGUCUCUAGUUCCAGCAAAACCUGUUAUUGACGCAGGUUUCAAAAAGUCUGGGACAUUAGAGUAUGCAUGUUGGUUGAGGAUCUUUUCCCUAGUAUGUUUGUUAGAUAUGGAGAUUGUUACCUGACAUGGGAGGUUCUUUGUUUCUCCGAUUUUUACUCUCUCAUACUCUGCCAUAUUUGUUUUCAAUCUUAACUUCUCAUUUGUUUACCCAACUUUUUAAACUCAGGUAUCCCCAAGAGUGUUAUUAUAUGUGCAAUAAGCGAACUAUUCGCUGUGUAACAGACUGUGUCUUACGUGUCUUAAUCUCGGGUGUCUGAAUGCGGUCGAGAUGUUGGCUCUCAUUUCACAGAGGAUGGAAGUUAGUGAUUAAUAAUAUAUGGAGGAUUUAUAUUGUGGUUCUUCUAAGAAGGAUAUUUAAUAGAACAAGAAUUUUCCUGCUGGACAAUUUGAGACCUAUUAUUCCGUAGGGGGGCCUUGAAAUGUGCACUUGUAAACCUCAUCAAUAUUUCAAUUCUGUAUUAAGAAAUCCCAGGGAUGUUGGGUUGGGCAUCAUACUAUUGGCUGAGGCAAUAAGGGAUAUUGUGUCAGCUGCUUCUUGUCUCUCAUAGUGUUUAUCCUUAUUCCUUUAGGAUGUUGAGGAUGAGUGAAGUAUAACUGAGAUAGUUCAAGUUGUUGUGUAGAGCCUUAUGCUAAAGAGAGUCACUUGCUACUCGAAAUCAUGAUUUUGGGAAUGUUUCCGGAGUAGGGAGGAAUAAUGUCAAAGAUUAAUUGGCGCCUGUAAGAUGGAAAGGAUGAGAUAACUCUAUGUUUAACUCCUUCCCUCAGAAGGUUUACUUGAGUAUGGGUUGAUUGGAUGUUGCUUACUUAAAAUUCCAUACUCAUUGGAUUGAAAUUUGCAGUUCUUUUAGAUUAUGGUGUACAAAUAUCUUCUACAUUUUUCCAACUCUAAUAUUUUCCUGCUUGUAGAUCUUUUUCAGGGUUUUGGAUCCCUUGUCUCAGUGAGGGGAGAAAGCCUGGUAUCAUGGUGCAACAAUGACAACUUUAAUGUGGAUACUGAUGCUAGAUCAACCUUUGAGGUUAAGCAUUUUUGUUCUAGCUCUAUCCUCUUACCGUUCAUUGGGAAUGCUUCUAGUUUCUUCCCCUAGUUUAGUUCUCGGUAAAGUAGUUUGAAUCCAUUUUUAUCAGCGAAGUUGCAGGUUGAAACCGGUUUUAAUGAGUUUUCCGUUGUGUGCCAUGAAAUUUUAUGCCAUUGAUCUGAUAUGCCUGAUGUGUCUGUCUGGUUCAUUCAGGUUCCAUUUCUUUCCCUUGAUUUGGAUUCUCUUGCGGCUCAGAUUUCAAAACUUUCUGCGGCAGAGCGACUUUUUAUUGAAGAAGAUCUCUUGCCGACUGAACUGGUGAGCUCUUUAGGUACUUGUUCAGAUUGUCCAUAAUUCCUGUGCACAUUUCUGAAUAGGGAAAACUUCCUGUUAGUCAUUUCUAUGGCAGGUAUUCCGUACUCCCUUGAAGCCGGUGCCACCAUCCAAUUUUAUGCAAAAGAUAACAUACGAAGAAAACAAAACCAAAAGGCUGAUAAUUUAAAGCAUUCUUAUAUAAACUGCUUUGUGACUCACUAGCAUCAACCGCAGCUUUAACAGCUUUGUGUCAGGUGGGUCUGAAUGUCAAGGGGGAAACGUGUUAACCCUGGCUUUAACAGGGUUUUGUGUGUAUGAUGCCGAUGGACUUGCUGCUCACGUUCAAGCCCAACACGGGCUUGGGCUGGGUUUGGGCUAUGUAUGUCUGGGGUUAGGUUAUCCAACACAAGAUUGAUGUGAGACCCUAAUCCUUGCCAUGACACCUGACCUAAAUUCUGUCGUGUGAAACAUUUUUCUUCUACUAUCGACUUUGAUUCUUUUUUCAUUUAUUGACAUCAGGAGGGGUAAUUUAUGCCUUCUUAAAAUUUUAAAGCAAUACAGCACGAAUAGAAGCAUGGUUCAUAGAUUUGGCCUUGGUUUUGAUGUUAUUAAUUUCGAUGCGUCAAUCAUAUGGGCUCCACAAACAGCUUAGUUAUGAUUAAUAUGCAUAUACAGUAGCUCUCCGUGGAAUCUGUUCUUCAUGGAGCAAGAAUUUUUGUUUUCUGAUGUCCGGACUUGCAAUCUAAUCCCAUUGCCUGCUGUUUGUACACAAUUGCAGCUUAGUGAGGGUUCGGAAGAAAACUUCCCCGAGGGGCUAGACCAAGUAAAAGCGCGUAACAUCAGUGAAAGUAGAGAUAGUCUGAAUGAGGGUGCAUCGAAGAGCUAUCAAGAAGAUAUCGAGCAAGUUCCUGGUGGACAGAGUAAACCUUUGUCUGCCUCAAGUAUAAGCGCCGCUCAAGACCUGACAUUCACGCUUGAGGGAGCGGCACCGGCAGCAGCAGUAGCAGCAGCAGCAGAGGUGGAGCUCGAUCGUCUUCUUAUGUCCAGCCAAUCCUGCUCAGAGGGAGGACGUGGCUCAGUGGGCAAGCCUGCUGCAGUCUCUCCUCUUGAAGACACUAUCGAUGAUAUACUUGCAGAAGCCGAAGGCUCCUACUCUUCAGACAUGUUUGGGGAAUCUAGCGGAUCAUCAAGACUGGUUCCUCUAGAGAGCUCCAUCGACGCCUUGCUCGCGGAAGUCAACCUUCUCGAUUCUUCAAGCUCCGCAAGCCUGAAUGUCGUCACCGGGUCACGAGAUCGGUCACAUCCAAGAGCAGGACAUGGUUCAAGGCAUGCUGGGCCGGAAUUUUCUGUUGAUGAAUCGAUCGAUGACUUGCUAGCAGAGACGCCUUCCUCUGGCGUGAAAAUGCGAGACGUUUCACAGAACCCACCAGGGAAAUUGGAGAUACAUCGGACCAAACCUGCUCCUGCUUCCAAGGCACUGGAGGACCUUGACGCAUUGCUGGACUCAAUUUGA